AUGCAUAUUGAAACAAGAUACUUAGAAAUAAAUUUCCCUGACUCAAUUCUUUCCCUUAAGAGGAUGCCUGCAGCAGUACGGGUAUUAUCAACUAUAUAUUUUACAUUGAGUAUUAUCCUAAUUGGUUCCACAUUCAUGGUUCAAAAACAAUUACAAGAAAUCGAGGGACAAGGAAAUAAAACAGAUGUUGGUAUUACUUUCCCAUAUUUUCAACUUUCUAUACAUAAUUUAUCGGCAAUGCCGUUUGCAUUGGUACUAUCCACGCUAAGUGACAUUAAAAUUUGGAAAUUCCUACUUACUGGCUUAAACCUAAUAAUUGGUGGCUCAUUUAUUGAAAGCAAUUGGAAUAGCUCCAAAGAAAUGUUUAAAUUUGUCUUUGGUCUUGGUAUCUUGAUUAACAUAAUAAUGGUCAUUCUCUCAUUUAUUUUAUCAGUAAUAUUUGGUAACGAAAGAUUCAAUUCUUAUUCGGAUGGGAAUCAUGUUAUUCUGGUGGGGUUCACAAUUAUUUAUAAGCAAUUACUUCCAGAAACGACAAUUUUCAAUUUAAAAAACGUUUCAAUUUUCUCCAAAAAUUUUAGAUUUAAAUUAUUGCCUAUAUUUUUGUUAUGCAUUUUGACCUUAAUCGAGUCGCUUAUGAAAGAUUGUACUGAAUUGAUUUCGGUCUGGAUCACAUUCUUCGUUUGUUGGACGUAUUUAAGAUUUUUCCAAAAAUUAGAUUUAAGUGAAACUAAUUUACGUCAAGAAGGUCAUUCUAACCCAGACGAAGAUAUUAUUAUGGGUGAUGCUUCAGACACUUUCCAACUAAUAUAUUUUUUCCCUGAUCCAUUAAAACCACUGUUGUCACCAAUAUUUAAUUUUACAUAUUAUUUAUGCUGCAGAAAAAUGAAAAUAAUACGUCCCUUUGAGACCGAUGAUAUAGAAAAAGGUAAUUCCGUGGCAGGUAAGCGUGGUGCAAAACCAACAAACGUAUCUUCAGGUAGCCAAACUGAGGACAGACGUCGACAAUUAGCUUUGGAAGUUUUACAAGAAAGAAUGGUAUAA